AUGAUCAACUUGGGGCAUCUGAAGUAUCUCACCCAGUUCGACAAAAUGGAGGGCUACUGGCGGAAUCUUUUGAAGGACUACCCCGAUCAUCCGGUGCUUGGCCAAGAGGCCACAAGUGUACCUUUGACGCUUUAUGGGGAUGAAGGGCAAGCACUUGGUGGAUCUUGGAUGAACUACCACUGGUGCCCCGACUUGAGCCCUUGCAUCUCCACUUCGGCCUGCAGCAGGUUCCUCAUAUGCUGCAUUCCAGCGUCCAUGUAUGUGUUUGAUGAGAAUGGCGUGAAUCUUACUCUUCAAGCUGCUACAGCUGCCAUUCGGGACAGCUUCAAUGAGCUGUCUACAACUGGUGUUCCCAUUCUGGACCCGAAGACUGGCGAGCGCGUCUUGACGCUGAAAUUUUGGAUUACUAACAUCAAGGGCGACUGGAAGUUCCUCCAUCAGACCUUCAGCUUUCAGCGCUAUGUGUGCUGGAUGUGCCGGUGCACAAAGGGCAGUAACGAUGCUGCCUGGUCCUUCACCAAUGUCCACCCCACUGCGCCUUGGAUGGCCACGAUCUAUCAAGAUAGCCCUUGGCUGGUACAGCCAUCGCUGGCAAGUCUACAAGGGUUCAACUUGAAGAUGCUUGCAGUCGACAUCUUGCACGCCUUUCACUUAGGCUGCGGCCGUGACCUUUGCGCCAGCGCCAUACGAAUGUUGGCCAGUCGACCCGGACAUUGGCAAGGUCGUACACAGGAGGACAGGUUGCAGUCCGCCACAGUUCGACUGCGUGAGUAUGCAAAGGCGAACAAGCUCACUUUAACUCUUCGACGGUUGACCAAGGUGAACCUCACGUGGGAGUCCUCCGAAUACCCAGAACUUCGACGCAAGGGCUACGACACGUUUGUGGUUUGCAAGUGGCUUUCAGCAGAACUUACAACACGAGAUUGCGGAGAUGAUCUGUUGGCGACGGUGUGUUGGUCGGCGGACUCCUUUGUAAGAGUCAUGAGCAAGGCUGGGAUGUUCAUGACGAAUGAUGAGUGGCGCCACAAAAUUCAUGUGGGCCAUUUGUUCUUGUGUUCGUAUCUGCAGUUAGCAUCCCGAGCCUUGCAACGUGGUGAGCGCCUCUGGAGGCUUCGACCCAAAUUCCACCUACUAUGGCAUGUGGUGCAUGAGCACCGGAGCUCGCAGCUGAACCCUACAGUGAAUUCCACGUGGAUGGACGAGGAUGCCAUGAAGCGUUGGAUGAGAAUCACCCGGAUGACACACAAGCGUACUGCUGCGAUCCGUACGCUGCAACGGUUCUUGCUGGGACUCCCGGCAAAGCUUCGCUCGAUAGAGCUGUGA